GCCGUGGUGUUGCGUUCCGCCGCAGCCGGCGGCUUUGCUGCCUUGGUCGAGCUCCUGAUCAAGAGGAAGAGAGACGAGGCCUUUGAUAGCGGCUUUAAGAAGUAUUUGAACGACCCAAACACCGAGGGGUGCACUGCUCUUUACCUUGCCGCAUCUGAGGGCCAUACCGCCGUGGUUGGGCUUCUUCUGAACUGCGAGGGCAUCGAGCACGGCAAGCAGAACACCAAAGGGUGGUCGCCUCUGAGGGCCGCCCUGAGCAAUGACCACGGAGAACCAUCCGAGAUCCUCCUCGCGCACACAGAUGGGGCUAAAAUGAAAGCCGACCGCAAGCAAAACAGCGGCUGGAGCGCCAUUUGCCAGGCUGCGAGCGGGGGCCAGCUUCAUGUUGUCAACCUGCUUCUCCGGGACAUCGCCGUCGUGGGCGAGAUAGACGAGCUAGACGCCGAUGGGUUUUCCGCCCUGUACCUGGCCUCGAACGGCGGCCAUGCCAGAGUGGUCAAGCGGCUCAUUGAAAACGGAGCGUGGGUCAACAACAAGAACAACAAGGGCGGGCUGACGGCCCUCUUUGCGGCGUCAACUGCCGGCGACGCCCAGUUGGUUGGUCUCCUCCUUGGCAAGUACGCCGACCCCAGAAUCCGAUCCAACGAGGGAGAGACUCCGUUGGAUGCGGCUGUGAGCGGCGGCCACACCGCCGUCGUCGAACUCUUGCUCGGUGCGCUC